AUGACUUAUUUGGGGGGAGUUGGCUGUACCCUCAUUGGUUUGGGUCCUUGUUUAGUUCUUUUCGCAUGCACAGUCGCCAAUUGUCCUAUAAAAGUCAUUUUACUCACAGCCAGUGGAUUUUUCUGGUUGGUGUCAUUAUUCAUUACAUCUGUGAUAUGGUUUGUAGUUACUCCUCUGCGAGCCUACCUUGCAUUCGGAAUUCUCACUGGCGUGUUAAUUCAAGAAGUUUUACGGUUUUUAUUCUUUUUAUUGAUUAUCAAAGCUGAAUCUGGCCUUCAGUUGAUUGUAAAUGAUUCAACUACUACCACCUCAAGGCCUCUACAGCCUGUUGGUGAAAAUAACAACGAUAUCAUCAUUGAAAACAAUAGUAGUCAAGGAAGAGGAGAAGCCGAGAGAAAUGACGUUUCAAACUUAAUAAGAAAUAGGAAAAUCUUUAGUAGUAAUACUGUAAUAACAAACAACUAUGAUGAUAAUCAUCAUGCCGGUGACCGUAAUAUUGUAGAUGACAAUAAUAAUAGUAAAAAUAACAAAAACAUUGUACAAAUCGAUCAUCUUACGGUCGCUUAUGUCUCUGGUUUAGGAUAUGGUUUAAUGAGUAGUAUCAUUCAAUUAUUACGUAUACUUAUCGAUUCUUAUGGCCCUGGAAUAAUGAUGUAUUCAACAUCGGAUCCAAAGACAUUCUUUCUGCUUCCAUCGUGUCAAUGUAUGUGCAUAUCAAUGCUUCAAGUGUUUUGGUCUCUAAUUCUGUUUGCUGCGUUUGUACAACGUGCAUAUGGUCAAAUUACCCUUGUAUACUUUAUGCAUUUUGGGCUAGCUGGCAUGUCGUUGGUCAAUACCUUUUCAUCACCUUGCCCGGAAAUCGUCUGCACAGCAUACAUGAUUUGUCUUAUCGGAAUGAUCAUAUUCGCUUAUUGUCGAUUCCGUACAGAAUUAGUCACUAAUCAGGAAAGAAUCAAUACUGUCAAUUGUACUAACUGA